AUGCUUGAAUCUAGUAGAGAUGACACGAGUCUCAUACAAGUAUCAAGUGUAGAUGAACAACAGCGUAAUCCUCAAGCAAUUCUUCAAACAAGUGCAUCAACAAUAAGUUGUGAAGGUAUUAAUUUACCUCGUAAUAUUCUUGAUGUUCUUGAUGGUAUAUAUUCAAGUCGAGCUCAUCGACGAUGUAUGGAUUUAAGUUAUUGUACAUUACUUUCAAUGACAUUAGCAGUUAUUUUUUGGGUAUCUUAUUGGUUAACAUAUAAUCGUUGUCAAAAUUUAAAAGAUCCUCAAUCAAAUACAUCUCUUUGUAAUGUUGUUAUUGUUUUUGAAGUAUUUAUAUAUAUAUCAAGUUGUAUUUCACCAAUUUUAUUUAUAAUAAUGAUUUAUUUUUGGAUACAAUAUUCAUGUUAUAAUCCAUUAGAUUCAAUUCGAGAAAAUUAUUUUGAAUUAAAAUUAGAAGGUAAUCGAUGGAAACAACAAUUAGAUUAUUAUUUUUAUCAGUAUAAUACAAAAUAUUUAAAUUGUUGUUAUCGGAAACAAGUAAAUGAAUUAAAUAAUCGAGGUUAUGGUUAUAUUAUUUUAUCACGACAUGGAAUUGUUCUUGAUGAAUUAAUAGUUUUAAGUGCUCGAACUGAUAUUAUUGAUAAUGGAAUUAUACUUCAUCAUGAAAAAAUAUUGAAAUUAACUUUUAAGAAAACAUGUAGAAGACCUUGGAAAAUUAGUCUUUCAAUUUGUUUACCCGAAAAUUAUGUCGAACAAGGCUAUAAGGAAAAACUUAUUCAAUUAUUAAAAAUUCAAAUUAAUGUUGACGAUACUCGUUCACUUCGUCAUUGA